AUGGCAUCUUUAAGUCAAGAACAGCUGAAGGUUAUCGAACAAACUCGCCAACGACUCGUCAACCUGACGCAAUCGCUCGGUUCACUUGUCAACAACAUCACCCAGAGCCAACCACUCCCAGCUUGGUCAUCGCUCCAGUCCCAAGCUACGAUAAUAUCGAAUAACCUUCUCACGAUCUCCCAGCUGCUUCACGAGCACCGUGACCUUCUAGCCUCUCUGGUCGUGUAUCCUACACCUGCGUUCCCUGGCAGGACUGAUUCUGCAAUAUUAAACCAGCUCAUGCGAACAAAACUCGAGCCUCGCGUUGAAUAUUGGCUAGCAUACGGUCGAACGGUGGGGAGAGAAGCCUUUGAACAAUCAUAUGGCGACAGCCAGACAUCUACAGUGGCGGGGAACGCUUCUACUUCUAUAAUAGAGGAUAAUGCACAUCGGUUAUCAGGAGAGGACCUACAAGCUCUAUGGGAAUGGGCGCCAAUUGAAGCCAACAUGGAAGCUAGAAGGAGGAAUUGGGGCGGUGAUUAUACAAUAGAAGAAAAAGAAGGAGGGAUAAGCAAUGUGGUCACUGGGUUAACAAGGAAACUGAAUGAGAACGUUGAAGGCCAGGCGGGUCGGGAUUCUGAAGAUGAGGAGGAUGAGGACGAGGUGAUGGACGGCGUCGGCGAGGGGACGAAGCCUGGCGCUACCCUCUCGCACAAGGACGAGCAUACCUUACCACUUGAUGAUUUUUUCAGCAUGAGCGCUGCGGUUAAACACUCGUGCGAUGUUUUCAAGCGGAUGAAAACCGCGAGUGAAAACAUCGCCCUAUUUUGA